AAAUUGCCUUCUGAUGGACUCAACACUAAAGCUGCUUGCAACACAUGUUCAAAUACUGGCGAGAAUUGGGUGUGUCUUAAAUGUCUAUUGCUCUCGUUAUGUUGAGGGACACGCUUUGACUCACACCGAAGAAACAAAACAUCCUCUGGCCUUAAGCUUUGCUGACUUUUCUGUUUGGUGUUAUCCGUGCAAUUCUUAUAUUGACAAUAAAGUGUUUGAUGAGGCUAAAGAAGCUGCUAUUCAAUCCAAAUUUGGAGGAAAGACUGAAGUAGACAAAAUGGACAUUGAACCUGGAAAGAAAAUUUAUUCAAUAUCCUUCAAUCAGGAUUGCACUUAUUUAGCGGUGGGACACGAGGAUGGCUUUUGUUUCUACUCUCUUAGCUCAAUUGAUAAACUUGAAAUUGAAAAAGAUGAAAAAGCUCCUGGUUGUUUUAUUGUUGAGAGGCUGUUUAAUAAAUCUUUGAUAACUUAUGCUUCAAUGAAAGAUACAAAAAAAUUAAAGAUUUUGAAAGUAAGGUGGUCUUACACAUACCCCAGCCAUAUACUUGCUGUCCGAAUAAAUAAUAAGAUGGUUGUGGUCUGUUUAGAGGAUUCUAUUCACAUUCACAAUAAGGUCAACGUGAAGAAAUUACAACUCCCUCAAUCCCUCGAUAUUCCAUCAAAUCCCCAAGGAAUUGUGGAUCUUUCAAUUGAUGACAACAAUUGCUUCCUUGCCUUUCCUGCUUCUUCAAACACUGGACAUGUACACAUUUUUGAUGCCGAGAAUUUAAAUACUGUUUGUCAAAUACGUGCUCAUGAUAGUGUUUUGGCUGCUGUUAAAUUUAACCCGGAUGGAGACAAACUUGCUACAGGAUCGGAGAAGGUUUUGAAUUUUGAUUAUUAUUUUUUUAAGUGCCCCCUCCCCUUCACUUUUUUGAUAAGUGGGAUAUUUUGGGUUUCCCUGAAUUCCCUUUACUAUCAAAAUUUAUUGCUAGAUUCUUUAAAAUAUUCUCAAUUUAAGGGAACUGUGAUUCGUGUUUUCUCAAUUCCUGGUGGAGAACGUUUAUUUGAAUUUGUCUGUGGAGUCAAUUGCUGUGUUCAAAUAAGCUCUCUUGCCUUCUCCCAAGAUUCUCGAUUUUUGUGUCAAUCAUCAAACACUGAAACUGUUCAUGUGUUUUCCUUGGCUAGACGUGAUCAACAAUUGGAGAGAAAAGAAAGUUUUGCCAUAGCUAAAUUGCCUAUAUAUGGACAUAAAACUGUUGUGGCUAUGCCUAAAAUUCAGGUUUUUUUUUAA